AUGGAAGGAAUGGAGGAUUUGUUGGUUAGUGAUUUAAUUGACCAAGAAUCAAUGUCUUGGGCUACAGACUUUAUGCAUGAACUUUUCACGGAGGGGGAAGUGGAGAAAAUGGCAGCUAUUCCCAUUAGUUUUCGUGGGGCUGAUGACCGCUUGAUUUGGCAUUAUGACAAGAAGGGUUUGUAUCAGGUUCGUAGUGGUUAUCAUGUGUAUAAUUUGGCUAUGUCUAAGCAGCACAUGGCGUCAACGUCGUCAGGGGAUAUUGGUGGCAUAAAUAGCAAGUAUUGGACUAAGGUUUGGGGGGCCCGUACUCCUCCAAAAGUGAAAUGCUUUAUGUGGAGGCUCUUGAAGAAUAUUAUUCCUACAAAGGAGGCACUCAUGCAACGUAGAGUAGCUAUGGUGGACCCUAAGUGCAUGUUCUGCAUGGCUGCAGUGGAAACCGGUACGCAUCUAUUUAAGUCUUGUUUAGCUUUACAUUGUUUCUGGUUAUUUGGCCCUCUGAAAUUAAAUGCUACUGCACACCCGGCCAACUGUGUCCGAGAUUGGGUCUUAGAUAUGAUUGAUUCCCUGAGUGGGGAUCAGCGGGAUUUUUUCUUCAUGGGUUUAUGGGCCAUCUGGAAAGAGAGGAAUAAGCUUGUGUGGAAUGAUGAUCACUUCCAGCCUAUGCAUAUGAUCCAGUGGGCUACUCAAAUGCUUGAGGAUUUUCAAAAGUACCACCCGAAGGCAGUUCGGAAGCAGCGACGACCUCUAACUAAGUGGCAAAAUCCUCCAAGUGGUCGUCUGAAAAUCAAUGUUGAUGGGGCAUUUAGAGCUGAGGAAGGGAGUGGAUGUAUUGGGGUAGUUGUCAGGAAUGAUGCUGGUAUGGGUAUUGCUGCUUCGGCCAGGACUUUUCUACAUGCACACUCGGUUCUUAAUAUGGAAGCGGAGGCGUGUAGGGCUGGCUUACUUCUUGGUAUUCACCAAGGUUGGACUGACAUAGAUGUUGAAAGCGACUCUGCCAUCCUGAUUUCUGCUCUCAAUAGUCAAGAGAAGAAUUUCUCUGAGAAUGUUCUCUAUGAGGAUUAUUGCAACUGUUCUACUGUAGCUCGGGGUUCAGGUGGGUGGCUGGGAAGAUCGAUUUCAAUCUGGCCUUCUCAGGCCGUGAGUGAGGGAUGGUGUUCGGCGGCGGGAACGGCUAUCUGCAGCGAGGUUGGGCCGGGUGUGGGUGUUGACCGGAAAAAGGGUAUGGACGAGCUGGUCAAGGCCGGUCUGGCUAGCUGUGGGGAGCGCGUUGGAGCCCGGUGGACUGGAGGCAGCGACUGCAAGGCUGGGCAGCGAGCUGUGCGAGCUGAUGCGAGGAGGGGCUAG